CUGAAUCAUCCUCUAUGCCGAAGUCUUUGGUCGCUCCCUCUAACGAUUCCCUUGCCAGUGUUUCCACUGCCGUUCCUCGGACAGAUCCAAAUCCUACUCCGGCUCCAGAGGAUGCUCUCCAGCGCGCGAAGGAUAUUAGCACCCAUAUUGAACAGGAGUUUGGCCUCUCCAAGCUCGGUGGUGAGACAGGCCAAGGCCCCCUUGGCUUUCAUAUUGGGCUUGCCCCAUCCUAUGGCACGCUUACCUCGGAAAGCCUCAAAACGAUGGAUGAGAAGCUGCAAGUUGCAAUGGCCUCUAUCCUACGCACUCUGGCGGCACGCGACGUCAAGAGUAUGCCCUGGAACGACGUCAUGGCUAUCAUGCGGCAGGACGCAACUAUAGAGUGCAUGAAUAAUGCCGUGAAGCGUCACGAAAUACUGUCGAAGCCGCCAAAACGUUACUUUUUCCGAUCGCAAAGCAUUACAGAUGCAGAUGUUCUGGAUGAGAUCCAUGCCUGGUUUUGUAAACUCGUACAGGACGUGGAGGUCCUCAAUGUUACCAAGAUCGAUACCAAGGUUUUGGCCAAUAUUGUAGCUAGGACAGACGUGUCGAUCAAGUUGCUCAAGGCUUCGACCCAUACUAAGACAGGGCGCAACGAGGAAAGUUUACUCGACAUCGGGUUUCUUAGGUUCCCAAGCAUCACCAAUCCGCUCUUCAGGUUGUAUCACAUCGAAAUCAAAGCUUGGGUACAGCGUAAACAGUCUUUGUCAUUCAUCAAAGAGGACAGUAGUGGGGUUAAGGGCGAAUUCUAUUCAUGCGACUUUCGCCCCUGCAAGGAAAUCAUCGAUGCGAUAUCACCCGAAGUGCGAGAAAAAGCUCUUCGCCAGGUGGAAGCUCUGUUCCGAAGUUGAGAGCACGCAGCCGGGUGCUAUCUGGGUUCGACUCCUGCAUGAUGUCCGGCCUCGCUGUCGACACCUUUCCCUGGCUUCCGACUUUGUAUGGGAUAGUGCUUCGACAUCUUACCUCCUAUUGCUACUCGCUUCAAGUGCGACGUACACCGAGGAGGGAUGUCGCACGCUCCCAAAGUGUAGUACAGCCUCGCACGUGUGGUAAUUCUCGCAACAUAUCUGUUACGCUAUCUGACUCGCGUCCCGUGGCUCGACCCUUACCGCGAAUGUUCCACAUGGCCGGCAAGAGCCCUGCAGGACUUCGCAAGGCGUCAUGACAUGCUUCGCGAGUCGUGGGUUAUUUGACCCGCUAAUUCCGUCCAUCAAUCCAUCCGUUGAUCCCUAAAACACAAAUGCAUGAGCACACGCAAAUGAUGCUGCCUUGACACCCGCAA